UUGUCAGCUCCCGCAGAGUAACGUGGAAGUCCAAGAAUCUGAGUGGAGACUCACCGAGGCGAAGGGGCCAACCAUGGGAAAGGAGAGUGGAUGGGGCUCAGGCAGGGCUGCUGUAGCAGCUGUGGUCGGAGGAGUUGUGGCUGUGGGGACUGUGCCCGUGGCGCUCGGUGCCAUGGGCUUCACCUCAGUAGGAAUCGCCGCGUCCUCCUUAGCAGCCAAGAUGAUGUCUACAGCGGCCAUUGCCAACGGGGGCGGAGUUGCCGCGGGCAGUCUGGUGGCUAUUCUGCAGUCAGUGGGGGCAGCUGGACUCUCUGUGACAUCCAAAGUUAUCCUGGGCUUUGCUGGGACAGCUCUUGGGGCCUGGCUGGGUUCACCCCCUUCCAGCUGAACACCACACUGAGGCAGGGAGGUGGCUCUCUUGGUGGAGAUGACUUUCCUGGGCCUCUGGAUGACAGUCUUCCAAAGGACAAGUCCCCUACUCCCAAAAUUAUUUAAGGAAACAUGAAAAAUAAAGAUGCUGGUGAUCUUC